UUUUCACCCUGUUCUAGUUUAAGAUUUCUCUUUCCUUCUCUAGAUCACAGCAGAUGCACUUCUGACAUGAAGACUCAUCCACAAGUUUCCAGCAUUGUGCAACAUCUGACUGGAAGAGCUAAAGCGUCACACGGGUCAAAGGACAAACUGAGCUCACUAUAAAUAUCAGAGCCGAGCAGAAGAAAAGUAGAUCCACAAGAAGAAGAAAAAGAUCAUCAUCAUCAUCAUCAUCCUCCAAAACUGAAGAUGAAGCUUUCUAACGUGUUUCUGGCUGCUGUCGUCAUCCUGACCUGUGUCUGUGUCUUCCAGAUCACAGCCGUUCCCUUCAUACAGGUACAGGAUGAGCAUCAUGUGGAGAGUGAAGAACUGCAGGAGAACCAACAUCUGACUGAAGCUGAACACAGACUAACAGACCCUCUGGUUCUGUUCAGGACCAAGCGCCAAAGUCACCUUUCCCUGUGCAGAUUCUGCUGCAAAUGCUGUCGCAAUAAAGGCUGCGGAUACUGCUGCAAAUUCUGAGCAUUUCUUUUAAAAAAUUAACUUAUUUUAACCCUUUUUUCUUCAAAAAUCCUUGCUAAAAUGAUUUCCAUGUUGUUUAAAAAAGAAAACGGGUAUAAAUGCAGGCUGCAUCUCCAUGCUUUUCUGCUUUAUAAAAGUUGCAGCUACACAAAUCUACCAAAAAUAUUUAAGUUAAUGCUUUUAUAAUGUCCUAUAUUUUAUACAUGUGUAUAUAUUUUAACCUGUGUACAUAGACAUGUUCAUGAAUGUUCAUUUAGUGUAAUGCAAGACUUGUUUGUACAUAUUUGUAAUAAAAUGAUGUUAAACACA